AAGCUUCGCAGUGAUCACCGUCGAAUUCCUGGCCCUUUCUCUCUCCUCGCCAAGCUUCUCGCCGUCUGGCACGCCACCGCCCGAGAGAUCGCUGUCCAUUGUGGCGCUGAUGCCGCGCAAUUCCUCGUCGUCGAAGGCGGAGAUAAAAGACAAUGAGAGGUAAAGUUGUGAAGAGCUAUCUUAGGGACUCGGUUAAUUCAGAAGCAAACAAUAAGUUUAACAAUGGUGGAAGCAAAAAUCAGCCUGUUUGUCCGAAGCCUCGCCGCCCCGUUUCGGCCGUGCCUGAAGUUCUCAAGCCCCUCAGUUGCACCAAACACAGGCAUUCUCAUCAAUCAAAUAGUCAUGGAAGAAACAAUAUUUUGAGCAUGCUUAACGAAAAGACGUUAAAUGAAGGACAAGAAUCUCUUUGUAGUAAUUGUCCUCCAUCAUGCUACUCUGGAUCUCCACCAGGAAGAACUGAUAACCCACUUAUCCAUGAUGUCCAAUUUAUCCAUCAAAUGGAACUUAUCUCUCCUUUGUACAAAGCUCUCUAACAAAAUUCUGCUUCUUAUGAUUGAUUGAGAAAUCACACUAUGGUUUUCUAAAAUUAGGAUUUAUUUAUUUUUCCUUAAGUUUCCAUCUUCAGAUUUAAGAGUCUAAGCUACAAAAAUAAAAAGUAAGCCCUAAUUUUAUUUACAAAUUUGAUCAUUGUUCAAAGAAUCGGACAUUUCGGAAAAGGAUUUGGAAGGAAUAGGAAAUUAUUUUUGCUAGAUUUUGUUAUGGUAAAUAAAACAAUUGUAUAAUGAGAAACUAUUGUAUAUAACGAGGUUAACGUAAUAGAUUUGGUUAUCCAUGUACUUUUAAUUUGUAUAUGUAUUUAUAACUAGUUAUUAGGCCCGGGCUAUGCCCCGGGUAAGAAAAAUUUCAUUUAUUAAUAUUGUACUUUGAUAUGAUAGCACUAAAGACAACUUGGUCUAGUGGUUAAAACUUUAGUACAUUAACUUGAGGUCUUGGGAUCUAAACCUAUACUAUGCAAUUUCUAUUUUUUUUAAUUGUACAUGGAUUACAUGAACUAAAACUCCCUAGGAAGAGCGCCACGUGGCACCGUUCCUGAUUUACGCACGCCUUUUAAUAUAUUAGUAUAGGUUUUGUAAUAUUGUAUGGUCUCUUUAAUUUGACCAAUAUAUACAAGGAUGAGCAUUAUGUUUGAGGAUUAUAUUUUGCUCUUAAA